AUGAGAGCUUCGGGGCUGAAGGGGAAAUGGGUAAGCAGAAAAAACUGCGAAAACGAGUCAGUAAUUUCUGAAAACGGUAACUUUUUGAAUUCAAGUGAGGGAGGAAAUGGCUUGGGGAUUGCCCAUUUGGGAAACUCCUUUGAAGUUUUGGAAAAUGGAAACUUGCAUGGUAAGGAAGGGAGGGUUAUUGGGAAUUUUAGCUUCUCUGGGAAAGAAGAUGUGCAUGCAGAGAAGGCAGUUGAUGGUAGUUUUUCAACGAAUUCUAGUAAUGUGGAUGGUAAUGUUGGGAAAUUUGUGAUGAAGAAAAGGGCUUGGAAGGCGGCUCAUCGAGAAAAUUCGAUUGCAAAAAUUGUCGAGUAUGAUUCUCAGAUGGUGAAAAUGCAGACUGAUUUGUAUCAGCAAUGUGAUAUUUAUGGUAGGUGGGUUAGAGAUGAUUCAAAGCCAUAUUAUCCUGGAGGUUCUUGCCCAUACAUUGAUAGGGAUUUUAAUUGUCACCUCAAUGGAAGGCCAGACAAUGCUUUUAUAAAAUGGAAAUGGCAGCCAAAUGAAUGUGACAUUCCAAGUCUGAAUGCCACUGAUUUUCUGGUGAGGUUGAGGGGAAAGCGGAUGGUUUUUGUGGGGGAUUCACUGAAUAGGAACAUGUGGGAAUCUCUAGUUUGUAUUCUUCGCCACAGCAUUCGAAACAAGAAAAGAGUUCAUGAGAUUUCUGGGAAGAGGGAAUUUAAAAAGAAGGGCUUUUAUGCAUUCAGAUUUGAGGAUUAUAAUUGUUCAGUGGAUUUUGUUGCUUCUCCAUUCCUUGUUAGGGAAUCAUCAUUCACGGGUCAAAAUGGUACGUUUGAGACAUUAAGAUUGGAUUUGAUGGACCAGACAACUUCAAUGUAUGAUGAUGCAGAUGUCAUGGUUUUUAACACUGGACGUUGGUGGACACAUGAGAAGACUUCUCGUGGAGAGGACUAUUACCAAGAAGGAAACUAUGUGCAUCCAAGACUCCAGGUUCUCGAAGCAUACAAGAGGGCUCUCACCACUUGGGCCCGAUGGGUUGACGAGAACAUUGAUGUCGACCGGACACAGGUUUUCUUUAGAGGAUAUUCAGUUACCCAUUUCAGCGGAGGGCAAUGGAAUUCGGGUGGACAGUGCCACAAAGAAACGGAGCCAAUCUUUAACGAAACUUAUUUAGGGAAUUACCCUUCAAAGAUGAGAGCUCUAGAGCAUGUAAUUGAAGAAAUGAAAACUCCGGUGAUAUAUCUAAACAUAAGUAGGCUUACCGAUUAUAGAAAAGACGGACACCCUUCCAUUUACAGAAUGAAAUACAAGACAGUAGAAGAACGAAUUACAGCUGAGGGGUCUCAGGAUUGCAGCCAUUGGUGCUUGCCUGGAGUUCCAGAUGCUUGGAAUGAACUGCUAUAUGCCGCUCUUUUGAAAUCCGGAUGGGGGUCACGCGGAAACUGAACAAACCUGUAUACAUUCGUUUGUUAAUCUUUAAUCAUCUCGGCUUAAUUUUGUGUACCGCGAGAGUUUCCCAAGUACCAUUUUACAUGCUGAUUCAGAUGAUGCAUGUAUAACGGUGCAAUUUCGCAAAGUCGGGAAGGCUUGGUACUUACAUCCUACGUUCAAUAGAUAUACACAAUACAGUUUGUUGUUU